AUGGAGGUGAAGGGUAUUCUGAGGAGGAGCCAGUCCUUGAAGAGUGUGAGUGUGGAGAGGCCACCGGUGUCCAUCCCUGGGAUAGGACUCAGGGACAGGAAGAAGUCUACCUCCCCAACACGUUCACCGACCUCUACCGCUGCCCCUGCCCCUGCCCCAGCCCCGGCCCGUGCCCAAGUCAAUGCCCCCGGGAGUGACUCCAACACAGAGGCCAUCCCUGAGCCUGAGCCUGAGCCUGAGCCAGAGCCGGAGCUGGAGCCGGAACCCCUGGUGCCUGUGGCGCGGACUGUGGGGGUGAGGGAGCGCUCCAGGUCCCUAUGCGAGAGGCAGCCCCUGGCCCUGUCCCGUGCAAGGUCCAUGGAGAGCCUACCUCUCAGCAGUGGUGGUGGUGGUGGUACAUCCGGUGGGGGUACCAGUGCACUGAGGGCACUCUUCGAGUCAAAGGUCUCGACCCCUAGAGAGCUGAAGAGCAGGGCGGGCACUCCCAGCAUGCCUCUGGUGAAUGGGCACGCCCACAUGGGUGACCACGGGGCAAAUGAGGACACACAGGAAGACUAUGGACAGGAGCAGGAUGUUGGGGAGGAUAUUACCCACAAUGCCUCAGCUCACAGGAGUGAGGAACAGGAGGUUGCAAGAAGAACCCGCUCAGAACGACGAAAGACUGUCACCGGGGUGCCGGACUGGACGAAUCAAACAUCCGAGGAGAGAGAGAAGAGGAGAUCUAUUGCAGACUUCCGUGACAGCGACUUUCUCCACGUACGGGAGAAGCCCAGCGUUUCUGUCAGAGCCAUGUCUGCACUCUACCAGUCCAAAGUGGCAGCAGACGGCUCAGGACGUCCCUUGAAGCAAGAAAUGGAUUCUUCCAGCCCAUCUGGAAACAGACCAAAAACAAUUAAGAUGACAGAGGACCCCCGAGCCUCCAAAGGUGGUAUUUCAGUGGCACACCUGCCAAAUAAACCCCUGCAGAGAGCUGGAAAUAGCCCGCAGCAGGCUCAGACUGCAAACUUGCCCCAAAAUCCCACACACCCACAGUGCCACUCGCCCGUGCCUCCUCCUCCGCCUCCUUCCAAGGAGGCAGUCUCGGCCUUGCACCAGCAGCGGCAGAAAUGCGAGCUGAAGCGUAUAAUGAAGCACACUUGCCCUGAGCUGAGCAGCCUGGACAGGGCGGUGGACGCGGAGCUCGCUGAAGUCUGGGACCCAGAGAAAGCAGCUGCAGACACUGGAUACCAGGGAGAGGUCCUGUCGAGGCGGUGGAUAUUUGAGAACUGUCCUCCACAACAAGACAACAUGGGGGACCCUGCUGACUCGAAGGCACAGCCAGGGGGAGGAGUGGGACUAGGCCGGGCCUUGGGGGGACCGCAGAGAAGGGCGCCGCCCCCUAGGCCUCCCCCACCCAGGCCUCCGCCACAAAUGACAAGGCCUCAGCCUGUUGGGAGUUCCGGAACAGCGCAGGUCCAAAAGGAAUGUCCUGUGAACCAAUCACAGUCACAGACCUCUGUGCUGCCGCCAGAGGUCGUUUAUGGAGAUCAACCAGAUAGUAAUAAUGUGGAGGAAGAAAUAAUCAGAGCCGAUGUCCGCGCGACACGAAUGAUGUUCGAGUCGCAGACUAUACCGAAACGCACAGACAGCCCUGAAAAUGCAUCACCAAUGAAGGUAGUGGUCACAGAUGAGGAGAGGGGGUCUGUCAAAAAGAAAUUGAGAGUUUUUACCUCACACAAUCAAUCCAGCUGUGACAAAACAAAACCGGUCCUGGACAACACACAAGUAUCUCCAGUAACUGUUGAAAGCGCUGCAGAUACACAACAACAAGAUGAAACUGAGGUGUACAUGGGGAUCUCCAAUAUAAAAAAUGUCUUUGAGAAAAAAUCAGCUGGUCAACCACCACUAAGGUUUAAGGCCACAGGAUAUGUUGCUAGCAAGCAUGUAGAGGUAAAGAAUAAAAAACCUGAAGCAGAAAAGCGUGAAAGUGGGCAUGUCACUCUGCAACGCACUCCAGCCUCUCAAGAAAGUAUCACUGUUGAGGAGGAGCAACAAAAAGCAAAUGUAAAAGAUAGAGCACAGCUGUUUGAGUCCACAAGUGGGCAUGUCGCUGUGCAACACAGUCAAGCCACUCAAGAGAGUACCACUGCUGAGGAGGAGCAACAAAAAGCAAAUGUAAAAGAUAGAGCACAGCUGUUUGAGUCCACACCGUUUAAUACAAUUAACCGCAGGGAAGGAGCUGACGUAGUGGACACGGCCAUGAAUGAAAGACUAAAGUCUCUGUUCCACUUUAAUGCCAUUCAUGGGCAUGGAACCAUAAUUGAAUCCUUUGAGGCUGGUACGGCCAAAAAAGCCACAUACAACUUCACCAAAGGGUGUUGUCCAGAAGUCCUAGUGGAGGAUGUCAUUACUGGGAACAUUAAAAAUAUUUUACUUCAGAUUUUACCAAGGGCUAACCUCGUACCCCGAGUAAACGUCAUAAAGGAAGAUGAGCAGGGCAACGUUGAAAUGAAAAACACUGAAGUGCCCAUCCAACAGCUUCCAUUUACAGCGCACCAAGAGAAAGAAUGUAGCACGGUCAAUCUGAUUCAGGUGGUGGAGGAUCUUCUCGCCAUGGAUAAUUCUUCGCAAAAAGGCGUCAUCAUCCAGCAGAUACCCCAAAAGGGCAUCCAGGCAUCUGUGUACUCGCUCUUUAGUCAUGGGGAUAUAAAGGGAGUCCAAGACGAACAACAAAUGGAGACAGCCUCUCCUGAGGAAGCUGAGGAGGAAGUCAAAGGCGACGUGAAGGGAGCCAUUAGAAGCCUGAUGGCCGGUUCCAAGGGCAAAACAAACCCUCCUGGCCCACGCAAAGUUGAUCGAAUUGAGAAAGGGAAUGUGAAACUGUUCAUGAAGUGCAUUGAGAAGGGAGAUCUGCAGUACCUUAAAAGCCUCCAGAAGACACCAUCUGAGGAAGACCUUACUUCACCCUCUGAGGAGGGGAAAGGGCAAAUUGCUGAGGAGACUGAGGUGGAGUUUGUUCCUGGCACUGUUAAGAAUAUUAAAAGUCUGUUCUGUCAACCUAGUAGUACGCCUACUCCCAAUUAUGAUUACAGCAAAAGGGCCCCGACAUUCCAAAAAGCAAAUAAUUCAAACAGUGCAGUAAAAUGCCCUCCUGGCGAAUCCACAAGCAAAAGCACUACGGAUGAGAUCACUUCCUCGGUAGCGUGUGAAAAAUUACCUGCUGUUCCGGUGCAGGACCAAUCAACUAUCUCAAGCACCACCUGUGAUGAAACCCAAAAUGAAGAGAGACCCCCACGCAAAGACUUGGUGGAGGCAGUACAGGGCGAUCUCAACAAUCUUGAGGCAGCCAUUUUAAGUCUUCAAGAAGCCACAUUGGAGGCAAAGGCUCUUCAGCAGAGUCUGCAGGAGAAGCAGGGGGCAAAAGAACAACACAAAAAGAUUUUCAUAACUGAGAGGGAUGAUUUUGCAGACCAAGAACAUGUCUUUCUUGCACAACCACAGCACCCUGACAAUAGUCUUCCGGUGAGGCCUGCUAAUUACUCAGUUACCCAAUCUAGCCCCCCAUCUCUCCCAUCUAGGCCCCCAGUUGGACCAGGUGGCUUCCCAGUUCAAGUCCAGCAUGCUGUUACACCAGCGUAUAAAACUGAAAGCCUGGCUCCCGCUGAAGAGAAGCGAGGGCCCACAAAGGAAAGUAAGACUUCAGACAACCAAGCUGAGGAUGAGUGGGAAACUCACGACAGUCCAGAAGAAAGUGAUGCUGUCAUAAUUAAGAAGGGCCAUCUGCAGGAAACCAUAAGGUCCUUAAAGAGCAGCUCAAGCGAGCCUCCGUCACAAGAAGAAAAGGAGGAAAUAGUCAAAGGUAGCGUCCAUGCAGCCCUCCAGUCUUUGGGCCAAUCCAACUUCAAUACCAGCCAGGGAGAUUUCACAGCAGCAAAGAUUUAUAGGGAUGCAGGAAAGUCAUAUGAACUGAAAAAGAAGGCAAAGAACGUAGAAUAUGUAGUUCAACCCACUAAAGAAUCAGUCUGUCCUACUAAGAAUAUUUCAACUCAGAAUGUUGUGACUCCAGAUAAAGAUAGUUUAACUCUAAAUGAGCAAUCAACUCCAAGUGUCACAACUCCAGUGACUUCAACAAAUGACAAUUCAACAGCAAAUGUAACAAGUCCAAUAGUACCAGUUAAAGACAGCUCAAUUCCUAAUGAUUCAAAUCCAGUGGACCAAAAGCCACCACAAGAGGAGGAAAUCAUCAAAGGUAGUGUCCAUGCAGCACUCCAGUCUUUGGGUCAAUCCAGUUUUAAUAUCACGCAGGGGGAUUAUACAGCAGCAAUGAUUUACAAGAAUGCAGGAAAGUCCAGUGAACAGAAAAAGAAGGCAAAGAAUGAAUCAUUGCCUACUGCUGAGGACAGAUCAACACAAAAUUUCAUGACUCCAGUUACUCCAGUGCCUCAGGCAAAAGACAGUGUCACUCCAAAUGUUGUGACUCCAGUGAGUCCAGCCAAAGAGAGUUCAACUCUGAGUGAGCCAAAAAAGAAGGCCAAGAAUGUAGAACAUGUAGUUCAAACCAGUGAUGACUCCAUUACUCCAAUUACUCCAGUGACUCAGGCAAAAAAGAGUGACAAUACAAAUGUUGUGACUCCAGAAAAAGAAAGUUCAACUCCAGAUGUUGCAACUCCAGUGACUGCAGUUAAAGCAAGUUCCACUCUCAAUGAUGUCACUCCAGUGAAUCCAGCUAAGGACAGUUCAACUCCGAUUGAUCAGAAAAAGAAGGAAAAGAAUGUAGAACAUGUGGUCAAAUCUAGUGAUGAAUCAGUGUCUCCUGCUAAAGACAGUUGGACUCCAAAUGUCAUGACUCCAGCUAAAGACAUGAAUGUCAUGACUCAAGCGACUCUAACUAAAGAUAGUUUGACACCAAAUGCAUCAGAUCCAGUGGUCAAAAAGAUACCCACCUUAGCAUUAGACAAAGACUCUGUAGUAGAAGACUCUGCACAAUCAAAUCAGAGUACACCAGAGACACCCACAUGUAUAAACUCGCCACAAAUACCUACAUCAAAAAGAUCUAAAAAGAAAGGCAAAAAGACAGGUAUUCCAAAGCCUGCUAUUCCUCCCAAGCCAGACCAUUUGAAAAAACAGCCUGUUAACAAAGACAAAGAAGACAGGUCAUUACCUUCAGUGACGAUCGAAAAGCAAGUACCAUUAGAUACCUGCAAAGAUCUUGAAACUGAGCAACAGCCAGAAGUCCAUGCGAUGGCAAAACCUGUUAAAGAUGAGGACAGCAUGUCAAUAGCUGCCAAGACCGCUGAAAUAUGUGAUGACAAACAUGUAGCAUUAGAUACUGACAAAGAUAUCGAAACUGAAAACAAGCAGCAAAGAGAGCCCCACCUGGAAGCAAAGCCUGUUAAAAAAGAAAAGGGAAGCAUGCCCAAAGCUCCAAAGACGGCCAAAGAAUCUGAUAAGAAGCCAGCGGUGGUAGACAUCUGCAAAGAUACUGAUACUGAGAAGAAAGAAGGAGAAUUGAACCUUAAAGCAAAACCUGAAAACAAAGUUGAGGAAAACAUGCCUGUAGCUCCUAAGACUGGCAAAAAGAAAAAGAAAAAGAGAUCGGUGGUAAGCACUUGCAAAGAUCUCGUAACUGACAACAACAAAGGUGAGUCCAACCUUGAUACAAAGUCUGUCAACAAAGUUGAGCAAAAUAUCGUUACAGCUUCUAAAACCAUCGAAAACGAAGACAACAAGCAUGUGGUACUAGAAACAAGCAAAGAUCUUGGGACUGGGAAGGAAAAAGCAGAGUCCAAUGUGGAAGCAAAACCUGUUCACAAAAGUGAGGAAAGCACUUCAAUAGCUGCUAAAAGCAUCGGAAAGGAAGAAAAAAAGCAUGUGGUGGUAGAAACUAGCAAAGAUCUUGAGACUGAGAUGAAGAUAGAAGAAGCAAAACCUGCUGCCAACAAAGUUGAAGAAAGCACAUCAAUAGCUCCAGACAUCGUUGGAAAACAUGACAACAAGCAAGGGGUGUUAGACACAAGUAACACUCUUGACACUAAACAUAAGCAACAGGUACAGUCCCCUGUGUUUGAACCCUUUUCCUACAAAGAUGCCCUUUGCAGGGGUAUGACAAACAGUUCUGAACACAAAGUCGCAGCAGCACUUCAAAAGACAGCUGUUACUGAGAAGCAGCAGACUGAACUGCAUGAAGGAAAGAAGUCAGACAGUUCAGAGAGGCAUGGCAUUGUAAAACAGGCAACGUCUGACAGGCAAGACAAAGACCAUCAAGAGGACAAUGCCGACUCAAAGCAAGAUGCAAGGGAGGUUCUCAGUUCCUUUCAAGAAGUACAAGUUGUCUCUACUGUUUCAACAGCGACGAUAAGCAGUGAGUUUGUGUCAGGAUUUCAAGCAGAGCUGCAAAAAUGUGCUCCAACUGAACAGAGCGCAAAUAAGGCUAGACCGGUAAAGCCAAAACGGAUGAAGAUGGCUAAAGACACUGCCACAGAUGCUAAAGAACAGCCACCACCUCAGCAAUGCAAUAGUAGCGUUUCAGGACAUGGUCCGGUGUCAUGUCCAGUUACGAAUGAUCCCAAAGAAUGCAAAGUCGUAAUGAGAGAGAAGAAAGUGAAGAAGGAGAGCGUGGAGGAAAGGAUCCAAAGGCUGUCAGUUCACAGGGAUGAGAUCAUGCAAGGGAACGUGACAGCAGCGAUGGAGAUUUUCGACAACUUGCGCAAGCAAGAGGAGCUGAAAAGUAUCCUGUCAAAAGUCGAGGAGAUUGAGCAGGACACGAGUGACGUCGAUGUGAAGACUUUGAGGACGAUCUUUGAAAAUGUCCCAGACUGGAUUAGGAUAAAGCCAAAGAAGUUAAGGCCAAAACAGACCAAAGUUGACGUGCUGCCAGAGGAGAAGUGCGAGUCUCCCAACAAAGGGCCAGAGAUGUCCUCUAUGGAACUGGCAUUUGGAGAUCUCGAGAAAGCAAGUGCUGAAAUUUUAAAUUUGAAAGAGCAAACAUUGACGAAACUUCUGGAUAUCGAGGAAGCCAUCAGGAAAGCCCUUCUGUCCGUUUCCACACUGAAAUCAGAGUCAGACAUCGCUGGGCUAUCUGGUUUGUUAAAAGAGUCCAUGACUUCUACAGAGGCCUCUCAUUCUGCCAGUAAUAUCAGUAAAAUCAGCAUAGGCUCCAGUAAAAAGGCCUCGGGGAAAAAGAAAAAAGGUGCACACGCGAACCAAAGCCACAAGCCACCUGCUGUGCCAGAGGAGAGACCAGUACAAGAGCUUAAUGUUCCUGUCACUAAACCAAGAACUGGCUCACCGUCCUCCUCACCUACCUAUAUCUCCAUACAAUCUGGAGUAAGAAAAGAGUCAGAGUCUUCUGUUCUAUGCCAGACACAAGCAUGUAGUACUUCACAGCAACAUAUUUCACAGUCUGAGAGAUUCCAGUCCACCAAAGAUCUCGUGGUGAAUGGUGGCAGAGCACAGGAGAGCUUGAUGAGUAAUAAAAAGAGUGAGUGCACAUACGUCACCAAGACUCUUAGCGCUAUGGACAACCCCUUCGAUCCGCAUCAGUUCAACGUGCUGGAGGUGCAGACGUUGCCCAAGGGACAACGAGUCACUGAGAAGAAGAUACUCAAGGAGGACUGUGAGAAAACGGAUUGUUUUGGGAACAGGUACUUCUCCUCAAAGACGGUACUGACUGCACAGCCAGAGACUAGGGCGUCAUCCAAGAGCAAGAAAGUGACCAGCGCCAUGAGGUCAGAGGUGAAAGCGUAUCCCAAAUUUAAACAGCCGGCAAUGGACACGUGCACUGUGUGUCUGAUGCCAGUCUACACCAUGGAGAGAAUGGCAGCAGACAAAUUCAUAUUUCACAAGAACUGCUUCUGUUGCAAACACUGCAAAAAGAAGCUGAGCGUUGGCAACUACGCCCCUCUUUAUGGGGAGUUUUACUGCGUGUUUCACUACCAGCAGCUGUUCAGGAGGAAAGGCAACUAUGACGAGGGCUUUGGGCGACCGCAACACAAGCAUCGCUGGCUGCAGAUCACAGAGGACAUGUAGACUUAUUGUUCCAUUGUUAUUGUCAAGAUCCACUUCUUUUAAAGGUGCACUGUGUAAAUUUGUGGCCAGAGCAGGUAUUGCAUCUAUGCUGCUCAUUGAAACAGUGCUGUCUACUACUAAUUUUGAUCUUUGCACGAAUAUUUACUAAAUAAUGAGCUAGUAUUUACUGGUAUGACCAAAGUAUAGUGAGAAUGUCUGCCAGAAUGUCUAUUUCUGGAAAACCAAAAUGGCGGACCAUGGAGAAGAUCCCCCUUUCCAUGUAUGAAAAGUGCAAUUUUUUCCCUGUCAUAUUGAAUGCUUAGAAUUUGAUGGUGGUUGUAAAUAUCUGUUAAAAAGGCAACAUUUGUGAAUGGGCAGCGGCAGCAUAAAUUCUGGAAAUGAACAACUAAAAAUAUUACACGACGCACCUUUAAGGUGAUGAUGCAUGGGGACAAGUUUUAGAGCAAUCUUUCUGGGCAACGGUCCUAUAAGAUGUUUAGACUGUUAAUCAUACAGUAUUUUUUAUAAGAACUUGGAUUAGCAGCAGACUUUUUUUCAACCAUUCCAUCAAAAAAUUAAUAGCCAAUCAUGAUGUUGCCUCACCAUAUUACUCAAAAAGUUGCCCUGUGUGUAAUGCUGGGAGUCUGUACCAGCAUUGCUACUGUAUGUUGAUUGUUUUUGAAUAUGUAGGCCUAUGAAAAAUGGACUGUUCAAACAUAUCCCUAUCUGGUAUAAUGGUUUCUCAUGUUGGCCUAUCAUAUAUCAACACAUUUAAUUAUAG